AGAGAGAGAGAGAGAGAGAGAGAGAGAGAGAGAGAGAGAGGUUGGCAGGAAGCCACGAGGGUGCAGAGAUUGAAAAGCAAGUGCUGUGCAAGACGAGGAAUCUGCCGACGAGUGGACAGAGAGAAGGGAGGGAGUUCAGAUAAACGGAGACGAGGAGAGCAGAGGAGAGGGAGAGAAGCUUCGGGAGGGAGGGGUGUGGGGAGAUCAUUCCUGCUUUGGACAUCCCGUGAGUCCAGAUGAACGAGCUGAGCGAUCUUAUUCGCCGCUUCGUCCUGUCUCUCCGCUUACGGGCGGCUCCAAUGCUAGCCGUCUUAGCUCAGAACAAGGGUGCAACAUCAAUUGGGGCGAUUGCAGGAUUGGCUAUUGCGCUAGUGUGCACAUGGCGUUAUAUCAGUCAAGCGCGUGGCCGAAGACGAGCUGGGAAGAGGGAUGGUGCGCCCCGAAGACCGGGAUCUGGAUCAGGCCACGACUCCGACCUGGCAUCGGCAUCAGGAGUCUCCAGAACUAUCACUCAUGCUUCAAAGAGGGGAGGGGAUAAACAUGGUCUGAGAGAAUCGUCUCCCCCUGUCCAGUAUACUUUGUCCCAGUAUGUGCGGAGACAGCUGAAUGGCGCACGCAAGAUGACUGUGUAUAUGCCCGGGAUCGUCCUCAUAGAAUCGACGCCGGAGGAGUUGCAGCUGGAACCAGAUUGGCAUGUUGAUUCAUCUUCCGAGACGAUAAGUCAAUUGGCGCGAUUUGUGAAGAAGGAGCUGCACAUAACGCCGACGGGCGCGGAAGUUGUGGGAGGAAAUAUCGUCUCGGCAGUAUCGCUGGAAUCGUUCUUCCGGCCCCCUUCAGUAUGAAAGGUCACACCACACUUGUGUCACACGAGCUUGCUCUGUAUAAUUCCCUGAGCUCGAUCACUGAGCUUGGGAUUUCUCUAUUUUUUUUCAUUUUUUUUUCCCUCCUUUUUUGGGGAUUUCGCCAUCUUCUCUGCAUUCUUUUCUUCUGUCUUUUUUCAUUUGUUCUGGUCGCGUCGCUUUUCCCUCUCCAGUGUGUAUCGCAUGGUUGGUGGCUCCUGUCCGCGAGGUUUCACGGGUCAUCUUGGCCGUUGUGCAUCUCUCGGUCUUCGUGUUCUUUCGUCCUUUUGUCUGCCCGUCUCUCUUUUUCGAUGCUCUACAUGUGCAGUCCAGAAAUUGACACAGGUUCGAUCCCCUUGACCUCAUCUUGUUUGAAAGGAAUGAAUUGUUGUGAUAAAAUGAGUCAGGUUCA